CAUUUAUCAGCUGUUGGGAAGGACAAAGUCAAGACAGAAAAUAAAUUUCCCAACAAAAAAUAGAAGCAGGCACAAAAUUGCAAAAAAAUGCGGUUGGUUAUACUUGACACAACUAGUGAAGUAAGUGAAUGGGCAGCAAAAUAUAUCAGACGUAAAAUUCAUGACUUCAAACCAGGUCCAGAUAGAUACUUCACUCUUGGUCUUCCAACAGGCAGUACACCACUUGGCACGUACAAGAAGUUGAUAGAAUUUUACAAGGAGGGUAGUGUGUCCUUCAAGUAUGUGAAAACAUUCAACAUGGAUGAAUACUGCAACCUUGCCAGGGACCAUCCAGAGAGUUACCAUUCAUUCAUGUGGAAUAAUCUGUUCAAGCAUAUAGACAUUCUACCAGAGAAUGCACAUUUGUUGGAUGGAAAUGCUCCAGAUCUAGAGAAAGAAUGUGAGGAGUAUGAAAGAAUGAUCACCGAGGCCGGGGGAAUAGAGCUCUUCCUUGGAGGUAUUGGUCCAGAUGGUCAUAUAGCCUUCAACGAGCCAGGUUCAAGUCUAGUCUCACGUACUCGAAUCAAGACGUUAGCUCAGGAAACCAUUAUUGCCAAUGCUAGAUUUUUUGAUGGUGAUAUAUCCCAGGUGCCAACUAAAGCAUUAACUGUUGGUGUCGGAACUGUGAUGGAUGCUAAAGAGGUAAUGAUACUGAUAACUGGUGCUCAUAAAGCAUACGCCCUUCACAAGGCAAUAGAGGGCGGAGUCAGUCACAUGUUCACAGUGUCCGCCUUCCAGAUGCACAAGAAUACCAUCUUUGUGUGUGAUGAGGAUGCCACCAUGGAACUAAAAGUAAAGACGGUCAAAUAUUUUAAGGGUCUCAACAGCGUACAUAUGAAAUUGAUUGAAGAUUCAUAGAUACUGUAUACCCUCAAAUAUACUCCCCAUGGAGUAUACAAAAAAGGGGGCAUUUAUUAACGGUCCCAAUUAAAAAAAAACACUCCUUUUUUUUUAAGUGAAUAUACAUGUAGCUGAAGAUAUGUUGGUAUAUUGGACUUCUGUAGUAUGUAUGUCUUGCCUAUUUGGUAUACUGUAAAAGCACAUAUUUUCGCUGGGUCAAAACUUUGGGAAUUUGAAAUUUUGAGUAUGUUCGCGAGGUUUAAAAUUUGCAAAAUUGUAAAAAUGGUAUCAUACUUGAGUUUGAAUUAUACUAAUGGCGAAUAUUUAUACAAGGAUUAAUUUCCUCGAGUUUUAGGGCCUCGUGAAUGUAAUGAAAAUUAAACCCUCGCAAAAAUUUCUGCUUUUACAGUAGUGGUCACUGUGAUUCUGUUUGAUUUGUUUAGAAAGCUUUAGUAAAUGUUUCAUAUAUUAAUGAGGAAAAUUAAUGAUUAAAAAAUCUGUUUAGAAAUACUUUGCAUUUAUAUAUAUAUUGUUACAUGAUUAUAACUAUCACAUUUGUUAGAAAUGUACACAUACCAUGUCAGAGGAUGUUUUCAAUACUCCUCUUCAAUUUGAAAUAGUACAGAUUGGGGAAAUGUAUAAUUCAACUACUAUCAAAGUCUACUGUGUAUUGAAGAACACCUUAGUGGUCAAUAUUCUAAAUUUAAAAUUCACAGCUGAUGUUUAACCCACUAAUUAAACUAGUGAUCUCUUUUUCAUGCUUGGUCAUUAGAAUAGGCUUUACUUUAUUGUCAAACUUGUGAUUGCUUUUAUACUUGUGCCAUAUUGUUGAACAGGAAGUGCUGCUUGUAGAAUUUUGUUUUUUUUUUUACUUUUUUACAUGCUUUUCAGAGAAAGUUGGUUUGGGGCAUUUCUAAUUGCAAACUGCAAAUGCAUUAGUGUUGUUCAAGGUUGAAAUCUUUAUACCAUUAGUUCACUGAAUUUGCAUGUUUACUUUUAAAAUGUGUUCAUUUAUAAUAAUAUCAAGUGAACUUGAUGCAUUAUUUACUGAAAAACUUGCCAGAUAUUUGUCUCGCAGCAUAUUACUGUUUGUCUGUGUAAGAUAAAAUCAUUUGCAAAUGAUAAUCAUUCCAGUUUACAUGUAGCUGUAUAUGUAACAUUGUUCUUUAACACAAAUAUGGAACAUCUUUACCUUACUUUACCUUAAUUUAGCUCAGGAUAUAAAAAUACAUUUUUUUUUCAUUGUGCUUUUUGUGAAAUCAUUUAAUUUGUUUGUUGAAAAUUGUUUGGAUUUUGGCAUAUAUGGAUAAUUUGUGGGUAUGUGAAUUUACUUACUGGUAUUUCAAGUUUUAUACGUCAUAUUAGUGGUAUUUUGAUUAAAUUUCAAGAAUUGGAGCAACCAUGAAAUCCGUGGACAUUUUACCAUUACAAAUGUUAAUGGUUUCAAAGUACAUGUAUGUACACUUGUAUUAAACUUGAUAUACAAAUGGUAAUAAUGGAAUUCCCAUUUGAUACAUUCCAUUUUAGCUCACCUGAACUUUGAUUAGGAUGAGCUAUUUAGUGUAGGUGUAUGGUCUGUCUGACUAUUUUGUCCAUGCUCCUAUGUCAAAAUUUUUAUGUAAACACCUCCUCUGUAAUAACUGGUCAGAGUUACACCAAACUUGGUCUGUAACAUCCUAUUAUGGACCUCUCUCAAACUUUUUCAAGUUCUUCAGUUUGAUCCCUUUGAGGGGUUGCUAGAGAUAAAAGGCGUUAAAUAUUUGUACGGCUUCUUCUCAUGAACCUCAACCAGUUGAUGUAUCUUCACUGGAACUUUGUCUGUAGCACCCUUAGAUGGUUUACAAAUAUUAAUGGUUCAGCUUGACCCAUGUUAGAGGGGAAGAGCUUAGACUAGAAAAAACCUUUUUAAACAACUCCAUCGCAUGAACAAGUUAAUGGAUAUUCACUAAACCUGAUUGACUGUAUUGUUUGACCAUCUGCCAGACAUAUCCAAUUGGUUCCACUUAUCCCUGGAACAGAAAGAAACCUUUAAAGGACUUCUUCUCAUAAAACACAUAAUAGAUUUUCACCAAACUUAGUUUGAAGCAACCUGGUAUGGACCUUUAGUGAAUGCCAGAGCUAAAAGUAGAAAAAAGCUUAAGACAACUUCCCAUGA